AAUUGGCUGUGGAAGGAAUGCGGGUGUAUUGCUUCGGUUUUAUUUUCACAGCUUCCCUUUGAAGCUCACUGUUCCAAGAUCAUUUUUGGAAACAAGUUGCCAUUCGAUUCAAUGCAUAUUCCAUAGAAAAGCUUUGUUUAUGGCGAGUAGUCGAGGCUCAUGUGUGAUUCUUUGUCUGCAGACUGCAGAGUAGGAGAUGGAGAGCACGUGAUCCCUGUGGUUAAAGGGAAACCAUAUAAGCAAGUGAAGAUACGUCUGUGUGCUCAAGUCACCAGUUUUACUACCCACAGAAAACAAGAGCGAGUAGUUGCUCCCUUCGUCUCAUUCAAUGGAUAACAUGGAAGAUACAUUUACAACUUAUAUGACCGCUGGGACUGAUUUUGACGGAGCUGAUUUUAAUGGAACAGACUCGUCUGAAUACGACUACGGGUCAGAUCCGACUGAAAGCUCAGGCAUGUGUGACAGAGGGUGGGUCAGGGAUUUCCGUGGCCAGUGGGAACCGCCUCUCUUCUGGAUCAUCUUCCUCCUGGGCGCCGUGGGGAACCUGCUGGUGGUCUGGAUCUACACCACCGUGCGCCACCGCCUGAAAACCAUGACCGACGUGUACCUGCUCAACCUGGCCGUGGCCGACCUCCUCUUCCUGUGCAUGCUGCCCUUCUUGGCGGUCGAUUCUAUCAAGGGCUGGAACUUUGGAAUCAGCCUCUGCAAAAUAGUUUCAGCGGUCUAUAAAAUCAACUUCUUCAGUGGCAUGCUCCUGCUCACCUGCAUUAGCGUGGACCGCUACAUCGCUAUCGUGCAAGUCACCAAGGCCCAGAACCUGAAGAAAAAGAGGCUGUUCUACAGCAAGCUGGCCUGCCUGGGUGUCUGGACGUUCUCCGCUCUGCUGGCCCUCCCCGAGUUCAUUUUCGCCCAGGUGACUGACCGAAAUGGGCAGGUUUUGUGUACUCUGGUUUACUGGAACAACGCGUUCAACCGCACGAAGAUCCUUGUUCUGUCCCUGCAGAUCUGCGUGGGCUUCUUCCUCCCUCUGCUCGUCAUGUUAUUCUGUUACUCGGUCAUCAUUCGCACACUCCUGCAGGCCAAGAGCUUCGAGAAGCACAAGGCCCUGCGGGUCGUCUUUGUCGUGGUGUUUGUGUUUGUUCUCUCUCAGUUGCCUCACAACGCUCUGCUGGUGGUGGAGGCCACACAGGCAGCCAAAACUACCAUCACCAAGUGUGACGUCAUAGCUGCCGUCGACAUAGCGGGACAGAUCGCCAAGAGCCUGGCCUUUACUCACGCCUGCCUGAACCCGUUCCUGUACGUCUUCAUCGGAGUGCGAUUCAGACAAGACCUCGUGAGGAUUGUGAAGGACACUGGCCGAACACACAGGAUUGUGUGUUCGGCCAGUUUGGGGAAAGGGGGGCUCAGUAAAAUGCACGCCGUCCCCAAACGUCCCUCCGUCAUGUCGGACACCGACACCACCCCCGCCCUUUCUAUAUAGACCUGAGGCCCACGCUUAGUUUAACAAGCAUUACUUGCUCUUUUAAAGAGAGAUUUCUUUAGAUGUAGAACUUCAAAAUAUCCAGACCAUUCUGGAGAAACUGUAAAAACUGUAUAUUUGUGUAAAUAACUUUUUUAUUGUUUGUAUUCUUACGUUCUUUCCAUCGUGCAUUUGUCACCUGCUGUAACCAAAUUAAAAAAUGUCUUUCCCGUAAAAACAAAUACAAUUAAAGGACACUGCAGACAUCUUGA